AUGCGUCUGGCCAUGUCGCUGGCCCAGCUCUGUGAUCUGUCGUCCAAGCAGGCGCUCUCAUCGCGAGGCCCCAUUGCCCAGUGGGAAAGCUUGAUCAAGAACCCCAUCGAGAGGGACACGGAGGGCAGGCUGUUACGUUGGGGCUAUGUGCCCGUCGAGCACAAGAUUCAGGAGGAGCUGCAGGAGCCCAAGUCGCGGGAGAAGGAGCUGAAGCGCAUGCGCAAGAUUAAUAGGCAGAACACACUGAAGGCUUCGCUGGAAAAGCUCCAGCAUAACACAGACGACAAGGCCGAUGCGGACGACGAUGACGAAGAAGACUCUGCUAUAGCCCCGGAAAACUGCGACAUGCCCAGUCCACCCAGGAGUUGGAUAGAAAUGGCAACGAACUGGAGACCGUACACAAGCCCGCUGGCAUUUGCAGCCUGA